CCUGCCAGUGACCGCGUGGAAGUCCCUCCUCCUGGCUCCCUGGCUCUGUCCAAUUGGUCCCCCAGCUGUUUCUGGCCACCUGUUGCUGUCCAUCCCAGGCCUCCCUUCUGUAAGCCAUCCUGUUUGUGAGGCCCAGCUCGAAGGCUGUAGGUGUCCAUGACAACCAGGGGCUUCGAGGAUCUGGAUGGGGGCCUGGGCAGCUGCCUCCCCAGCGAUGACCUCCCAUUACUGGAGGAGCCACGCCCAGGCCGGCGGCCCGACAGCAAGGCGAGAGGGACAUCCAGGCCAGCAGACUCUAGCACCUGGACACAUGUCCUUCAGGACCCAGCGACAGCUGGCGCUGUGGAUAUCGGGCCCAAGAAGAUGGAAAGAGAGCUCGUGGCCAAAGAGAGCGACAGCGCAGGACCCAGCAAAGCUGGAGCAAGUCCCCGGAGCGUCCCUGCGCGCAAGAAGUCGCAGGCUGCACCACCCCUGAAGCCUCCUCCUCCGCCGCCGCCGCCGCCGCCGCCAUCCAGUGACGACCUGCCCUGGGGAGACCUGACGCUCAACAAGUGCCUGGUGCUGGCCUCGCUGGUGGCGCUGCUGGGCUCGGCUUUCCAACUGUGUCGGGACGCAGUACCUGGAGAGGGGGCGGUGGCUGCUCCUCAGCAGUGGGUCUCACCCAGCUCUCCACCCAAGAAGCCAGCGUCGCCCGUGCCUAAGCCUCAGGUCUCGGUGCCACCAUCUGGGCCUCCUGAGCCCAAGCCUGUGCCACCCGGGCCCCAGGCUCAGAUGCAGGUCAAGCCUGAGCUACCAGGGAGCUCUGAGGCUACAGAAGGCCUGGGAGAGCCUGGCGAGUCCACCCCGGAGGUCUCUGGGGAAGAGAGCUCACCUCUAGGGGACCAAGGGUCUCAGGAGAAGCCGCGGAAGGAGAAGCCAAGGAAAGGGGAGAAGCUGAAGAAGGAGAAGCCGAGAAGGGAGAAGCCAAGGAGAGAGGAGAGGCCAUGGGCCACCAGGGAACUCCGCCAAUCCCUGCCCUGGCGCUGGGAGGCGGGGGAAGGACGCCCUAGGCCAUGGAGGCGGGACUCCAGGGAGUUCAAGCACGAAAAGCAAAAGCGGCAGAGGCUCCAUGACAACCGGCCCAGACAGAAACACCAUGGGGGAAAGGGGCGCGACUGA